AUUCAUGUUGUAUUAGCCUAUUGCAUAAACGAAGGAUGACCAUAAUUUUGAUUAAAGAGCUUCAGUAAUGUCAGAAUUCUUUACUUUGUUUAAUGUAGGUUUAAGGAACUUUCAAGAGCUCUGUACUCAUUGACUGUCCUGGCAGAAGCUCAGAAUGUGGUUUCAGUUACCAUUCCUGCAGGGAAAGCAAGUGAUAUUUCAGGAAAUCUAAAUUUGGCAUCUAACCAUCUUGAAGUGAAACAUUACUCAACUCCUGCAAUAUCCAUCGCACUAUACUCAUUUAUGACUGCCGGAACAGUAACAACAGCACUAGCAGCUGCCAUUCUUUCAAUUUCCUCUGCACAUCUUGAAGCAGUAGGCAUUGUUGCUUCUGGGAGUACCAAAGUUAUUGCUUUGGACCCAUCACUGAAUUUACAUGGAAUGGUUGGACACCUACAGGUGUUUGUCCUUUCGGACUGGUUCACAGUUAACCAACCAAAUGAAUAUUCUGAGACAACAGAGGGUCUUAGGUGGCUCAUACCUCGUCAAAAGCUUCCGUGGAUAAAGGAUGGCGCUUCAAUCUCCAACCAUGUAUAUUUAGCUGAAGAGAAGCUUGCUUGGAAAUUGAGUCAUCGCUGGGCUACAGGCUGGUCUUCUCAUGAAAUGACUAACCAGCCAAUUGACUUAAAUUUUAUGAAUUCAUCUUAUAUGCACAACAUAAGCAUUAAAAGUACUCCUUAUGGGCUUCCUCUAAAUUCCAGUGAAUAUUUCAUUUAUUUCUUGAGAAGAGAGCCAAUGUCUGCUAGCAAUGUUGUCAAGAGAAUGGAGAAUUCUAAAGGGUGGCAAGAUAUGGAAAUGAACUUAUUUUGGCUUGGUGUGGGAGGAGGUAGUCUAGUUAUAAUCCAUUUUCUGAUACUAAUUUUCCUAAGAUGGAGGACAGGAACACCAGCAGCUCAUGGGAUACUUUCAGUACCCAGGUUUGAGCUCUUUCUUCUAAUUUUGAUGCUACCUUGUAUCUCUCAGUCUUCAGCAUUUGUCAUAAAAGGUGGUACAAUGGGGGGAAUCAUCCUUGGAGCCCUGUUGCUAGCUAUCCCUGCAGUCUUUAUUUUAUCAGUGAGCCUUUUCCUCAUAAUUGCAGUCCCCAGUGGCAGUUUUUCUCAAUACAAAGAAGUGAAGUAUGCAGCUAUACAAAAACCAUGGUGUACAAAGUUUUGGUUCUUCUUUACAGGUAAGCCUACAAUUGGAAAGUGGUUUUAUAGGGAAGGGUGGCGGUGUUCAUCUUUCCUCUGGCGCUUUGGAAUUCUAUUUGAGAGUUGGAAAGGUCCUCCAUUGUUUGUCUUUGUCAAUCAGCCUGACCCAAACACCAUAUCUAAGUGGCCUGAAAGUGGCAAAAGUGGGAUUGGAAGUAAUGAAGAAACUAAAAUGCCCAUGUCUGAGUGGCUCUUGGGUUGUGCUAGAUCCUCCUAUUUUAUCCUUGAUCUUUUAAGAAGGGCUAGUUUAGGGUUCAUAUCUGGAGUUUAUUCAUUGCCGAAAUCAAGCCAAAGCCUUUUCGCGCUGACGAUCACACUGGUACAGUUUAUGUACCUGUUUACUCUAAAACCAUACAUCAGAAGGGGAGUCCAUGUGGUGGAGAGUUUCUCUCUCUUAUGUGAGGCAGGCAUCUUUGGUCUAUCUUUCAGUGUCAGUAGCUCUAAACUGGUUGAAGAAAAAAAUUUGGGAUUUGUAAUGUUGGGCCUCCUUUUCUUUACCUUUGUUGUUCAAAUUGUAAAUGAGUGGCAUGCUCUGCUCAAAUCAAUACUAAGACUCUCUCAACCUCAGAAGAAUUCUUUCAAGCUUGGACUGAAGUUUGCUGCAAAAGGUCUUGUCUUGCCUUUCCUUCCAAGGCAGCAUUGGUCAAAAGUAAUACCAGCAGGCUUCCAAACAAUAGCUGACCUAGCUCCAAUGCUUCCCACAAGUUCAGAGACAGAAUUUGAAAGAAGAGAUACAAGAAGAGCACCAUCAGCACACCCAGUUAGUUCCAUGACUGCAACAGUAGUCCCUGUGCUCAGUCCUGGUCCCACAACUUCAGACAUUGCACUCGGUGGGCAAAGAUCAGGGGAAGGAAAACGGCUGAAGGGACUUAAUUUUGAGACCAAGAGUGAGAUGAAGAAAUUAAGGGAGUUGGCAAUGGCUAGUUUCUCAAGGGAUUCAAGGGGUGAGGAGGCUAGUACCAGCUAUGCUUUUUGCCCACAACACUUCUCCGGUUAAGCCUCUUUGGAAACCCCAUAAGUGCUCUACUUUUUAAAAUCAAGCACUAACUUCUAACUCAUAAUUGUAAAAAGGGGCAUUUUCCUUCAGUUUGUUUACACAUUAUUGAUUAUUUGGAAUCAUUUCCCAGCUUC